AUGUCAUUCGUCGACAACCUCAUCAAGCAAGUGGGCCCCACUAUCGGCAUCAAAUCCGCCACGCCCAACAUUUCCUUCUUUGCCAUCCCAGCAGUCUGGGUCGUCUCCAUUCUUUGCCACUUUUACGCAGCUGCCAACGCUCCUACCAAGGAUGGCAACAAGGGCUUCAGCAAUGUCAGCCCUCGCGGUUACCUAGCUUCCAUUCAGCGAAAGGAGAAAAAGUCGCCAGCUGAGGAGCA